AUGGGAAGCAGCAAAGAAACAAUAUCUUCUACUGGAGGGGAUCACAAGAAGUUGAUUGUAGGCCCGGUUCUUCUCUUUCUUUCAUCUGUAGUUUGGUCAUUAUGGUUCAUCGUGCAACCGAACCUCCUUAAACAAUAUCCUGCGAGGCUACGCCUCUCCACUCUGCAGUGUCUCCUCAGUUCUGUGCAAUCCACUGUGGCAGCGCUCGCCUUGCAGCGAAACUUUGACUCAUGGAAGAUAGGGUGGAAUAUUCAACUUGCUUCCCUUGUGUAUUGUGGUGUGCUUGUAAUUGGGGCUUCAUACGGGCUACAGAUUUGGUGCAUAGAGAAGAAAGGACCUUUUUAUGUUGCCAUGUUUUUUCCACUUUCGUUGCUUAUAACAGCUAUCUUCUCAGCUUUUGUGUGGGCUGAGCGGCUACAUUGUGGAAGGAUACAGGAUGCAAACCAUAGUACUCUUGAAAACAUGAAGGUACAUUUUCAGAUUACACAACUAUAG